CAAGAAUGUCCAGUCAUUUGGGGAGAGGUUGAUAGAACUAAAUGUGAAGGUGAGGACAAUGAUCAUGGAGAGUUUCGGGCUCGAGAAAUACAUCGAGGAACAUCUUAACUCAGCAAGGAACCACCUUCAAAUAUUUAAAUACAAAGGCCUUGGCGAUAAGACAGAAGAAACUCUGGGUUUUAAACCUCAUAUCGAUAGACAGUUCCUCACCAUACUUUGCCAGAACGAUGUAGUAGACGGCUUGGAAAUUAAAACCAAAAAUGGUGAAGAGUGGAUCAAAGCUAGGCCAUCUCAAGACACUUCUUUCCUUGUUAUAGCCGGAGCUUCUCUUCAUCUACUAUUGAAUGGUGGGGUGUUUCCUCCCCUUCACCAAGUGGUUAUAACCGGAAAGAAAGAUCGGUAUGUGGCUUGCCUGUUCUCGCCUCCUAGAGAAGGACUGAUCAUAAAUGCGCCUGAGGAGGUAGUAGAUGAUGAACAUCCUCGUCUCUAUAAGCCUUUUGAUUUUGAGGCUUACGUGAAAUUCAGCAACAGGACCAACACAAAUACCAAGGGAAGAGAUCUAUCUAGUCUCAAGAGUUAUUGUGCCCUUUAAACAUUUAU